AUGAACGAACGAAAUUUUCGGGCUGCGAAUGUAUUAUUUUAUAAUAUUCCGGAAUGUACGUCUAGUAAUAUUGAAGAAAGAGUACUUUACGAUAAGGAAGAAAUAUCUAAAAUUAUCAAAGGUACAUCGUCCGAUAACAAAACACCGAUUAAAGUUAUUCGUCUCGGGAAGUCUUAUCAACCCAAUAAACAUCGUCCAAUUAAAGCAAUUUUCUCUUCAGCUGGUGAUGCUUUCGAUAUAUUGAAAAAUAAGAAACAUAUUUUAUCUCGCCUCCCUCCUAAUUCUUCAAAUAUUGGUAUAAGUUCAGAUAGAACUCUAUUUCAACGUGAACAAAUGAAGAAAUUACGGGAUCAAUUAGCCGCACGCCAAUCCAGUGGUGAACAAAAUCUCACAAUCAAAUUUACUAAAGGUACACCGGGUAUUGUUGUUAUUGAUAAAAUUGUAAAAAAUUCUCAAAAUUUUUAA